CAAAUGCAUUCUGGAACGGAUCCAACGAAGGGGAGUCCAAAUGAAUUACGUAGUGUGGAUAGCAUUUGACUGGCGGAAGGACGACGAGUGAGUGGAAUAAAAAGGACGAGUAAUACCCAUUCCUGGCAGAGAUUGUAGUUUGGGAGAGUAAGAGAAGGAGGGUAACGAUCGAGAUCAGUUGCCAGGACGUGGUUGGAGGUAGCCCUUAGAAUGGAGCUGCUCGGACGAAUCAUUUUCCUGGCUUUGGUGGUCGGCUGCAGCGAGGUGCGCGCUGCUUGUACCAAGCUUGACAGUUGUUCUUGCCAAGAUUCGGCAACGGGCGAAGUCCUCAGCCUUGGCCCGCUGGCCAGCGGGGAUAAGACGGCGGCGCUCAAGGCGCCGGGUCCAGACGGACAGUACCUAUUCGAGUACAACCCAUGCUUGCCGUUCACUGCGAAAGCCGGUACACAGUGCGAGAAUGUAGCCAUUUGUCAGGAAGACAUUCACACGGAGGGGCUGUACAGCCUUGGUAACCAGUCCACGGCUGUGUUUGUUGAGAAUCCUGUCAACAGAACAUUGUCAAUCCGAUACAGGGGCACUGACGCAGUAGGAGACCUACCGAGAAUAUCCGAUGUCCAGUUGAUCUGUGACAAGAAUGCUGUGGAACCUACCCUCAAGUUUCUCUACGAAAAUCCUGCCGUCAACUACCAUUUCGAGUUGACGUCGCGGUGCGCCUGUGUGGGCGAGUGCAAACAGAUUCAAGAGGGUUGCACGCCGGAGGGCAGUCGGAACUGUGCAUGCCGCCUGUCCGACGAUGGAGGUUUGAUCAACCUGGCGUCGCUGGAUCAGCCCAGUGCCCCGCUCAUCGUCAAGGCUGGCUCUAACGCGGUCACCAUGAACCUGUGUACGGGCAUCGACGUGGGACCAUCAGCCACACCAUGUCGUGAUGUCACCGUGUGUGUGGAGCGCGCUGGUGCCUACUUUGAUUUCGGCAUUGCGGACAAUUUCAACUACACCACCGAUCAUGGACAAGUCAUGCUAAACUAUGCUAGUCGUGAUGGCACUCGUCGCACUAGCGUCGAGCUGAUCUGUGACCGGGGCCAACGCCACUACCCCAAGAUCACCAUCCAGGGUGAGCCCACGUCGUCCGAGCUGCGGCUGGAGCUGCGCAGCGUGUGCGCAUGUCCCGGUGGGUGCAUGGGACCGCAAGUGACCUGUGAACGUAUUGACGAUUGCACAUGCCGUUUGGAGGAUGGCUCCGGAACUGUGUCGCUACACAACCUCGAUAAUCCCGUAGCUCCGCUUGAGGCAACGUCCUCGGACAAAUGGAACUCGUACAACUAUUACUACAAUCCGUGCACAAAGUUCACCUCUCCGGAGCCAAACGGCAACUGCUCAGGCGUGGCUGCAUGUCAAAUUAUCGAGGCUCUCGGCGAAAACUUCAACCUCGGCUUUCAAAACGGAACAAGCUUCCGAGUGAGCAACGUUGAUACGGAUAUAGUUACUUUACACUACGUAGGUGGUGGAGAUGACCGACAAACCUUCGUUCAGCUCCAGUGUAACGCCACCGCCGCUGUGCCUGUACUUAGCUACAUCGACGAGUCGCCCUAUCGCACAUACCACUUGGCGCUGGAAAGCAAAGACGCCUGCCCACAGCGCGUAGCUGAUCCCCAGCCGGUGGCCAAGGCUGAGCGCAACCGUGCGCGUACUCGUAUAUAACCGUUGUCGAGUGGUAGCGGAGAUGUCCACCGGUAUUACAGAACUACUAAAACUGUUUUUGAUUGAUCAGUCCGCACAUUCAGCUUCCAUGGCCUCUUUGCUUCGGAAUUAUUUCCCCUUUACAAUGCCUUUUAAAAAGCGGCCCAUCUUUGGAUUGAAUAACCCAAGCAUGGAAAUAACUGUAUUGCGGAACGGUAUUUUGGUUUCCUAGACUUCCUUAAAUUUAGACUCGCUCUUUCCUCGUUGUUUUCAAUGCAGCUGUGUUUAGUGUCGAGUAUGACAUGGUAACCGUAGAAACGUGAAAACGUGCAUGCUGCACUUCCCGCCAGAACAGCUCAGCCGUGUCACUAUGCCGAGGUAUUUUGCAUUCUACAGGCACUAACGUGAUUUGAACGGCUGUUGCCCUCCACACAUACAUGUCUCUAUCACUUCAACACUCACAAUAAUUAUCUUCCUCCCUCAUAUCAUGUGCCUGUUCAAGUGUUUUUAUUAAUUGUUGAUCUAAAUAAAUAGAACACCAUAUAGCAUUCA